AUGAAGAAACCUUUGUUUAUUCUUUCUGUUGUUGUCAUGAAACAUUUAAGUAAUUAAUUACAAAGAUUUUUUUUUUCACUCUGUUUCUCUUAAUUCAAUGUUUGUGAUUGAUUGAGGCUUCGGUGCCAAAAUUGUUUGUGUCGGCAACACAUUAUUCUAUGUUGGGAAUUGUAUUGUAGAUGGUAAUUUUGUUUGUGAAGAUUGCUUUUUUUAUUGUCAAGGAUUUCCUAAAAUAUUAUUCAAAUUGCACUUUCCAACUUUGAUGGGUCGAAAUUGCUUUUUAUUGUUAUUGUUAUGCAAAAUGGAAAUCAAGCAGCUGGCUUUUUCUUUUUUAGUUGUCGCUUUCUCUCACCACCCGUUUGUUUUUCAUCUCUUUUUGUUUUCAUGUACAUCAGUGCCGUUUUAUAACACAAGCCUCUUACUUGUUCUUUUUUCCCUUCUCUUCCUCUUCUCCUCCUUCUCCUUCUUCUUCCUUGGUUUCCUGACUGGGGUUUUGUUUUAGAGUGCCUGCUGCUGCUGUCUGAAUUUGGUUCAUUGCUGCUAAGUGGAAGAGUAAAGACUCAUGAAGAGGCUAGUAAUUGGCUCUGGUUCUGUUUCUGGCAUUUAGUAGUGCUGUUCAGUAUGAUGGAGAAGGAAAGAAUGGACAAUGUGAAAACAUGAAGUCUUUGGAUCCCAGACCUCACAGCGUGUCACUCUUGGAGUUUGGGGCAGUUGGAGAUGGGAAAACAUUGAACACGGUAGCCUUUCAAAAUGCUAUUUUCUAUGUCAAGUCAUUUGCUGACAAGGGUGGUGCUCAGCUCUAUGUUCCGCCUGGCAGCUGGCUUACUGGAAGUUUUAACCUUACCAGCCACCUCACACUCUUCCUGGAAGCAGGUGCCAUCAUUCUUGGAUCCCAGGAUUACGCUCACUGGGAUAUUGUGAAACCUCUACCUUCUUAUGGUCGAGGGAUUGACUUGCCUGGUUGGAGAUAUCGUAGCUUGAUCAACGGACACAAUUUAAGUGAUGUGGUGAUAACAGGUGAUAAUGGAACCAUUGAUGGACAAGGUUCUGUCUGGUGGGAGCAAUUUAGCUCUCAUGCCUUGAAUUACAGCCGACCACAUCUAGUGGAAUUCACCGGGUGUGAUAAUGUAACUAUAUCAAAUUUAACCCUCUUGAACUCCCCCGCUUGGAACAUUCAUCCGGCGUACUGCAGGUAUGUGCAAGUUCUGAACAUAACUGUCCAUGCUUCUCCUGCAUCUCCAUAUACUAGUGGUAUAGUCCCAGAUUCUUCGGAGAAUGUUUGCAUUGAGAACUGCAACAUUAGUAUGGGUCAUGAUGCAAUUGUUCUUAAGAGCGGUUGGGAUGAGUAUGGAAUUGCCUAUGGCAAACCCACCAAAAAUGUGCAUAUCCGGGGUGUUAACCUUCAAUCCUCUUUAGGCGCUGGCCUGGCAUUUGGCAGUGAGAUGUCUGGAGGCAUAUCGAACAUACUUGUAGAGCAGCUUCAUCUACGUAACUCAUUCAUUGGCAUUGCACUAAAGACAACUAGGGGAAGAGGAGGUUAUAUGAAGGACAUAAUUAUAUCCAACGUUGAAAUGGAAAAUAUUCACUUGGCAAUGGAGGCUACAGGUCAGAGUGGCUCACACCCUGAUGAAAAUUUUGAUCCUGAUGAACUGCCAUUUAUUAAAGGAGUCACCUUUGAGAAUAUGGUCGGCACUAAUAUCACUUUUGCUGGGAAUUUUUCUGGACUUGACAAAUCGCCUUUCACAUCUAUCUGUCUCUCAAAUAUCUCAUUCUCCAUCACUUGGAAUUCUUCUACCUCAUGGUUCUGUUCCAAUGUGAUGGGUUUUUCAAAGGAGGUGUCUCCUAAACCAUGUUCAAAUCUCCAGGACUCAACUUUUAACUCUUCCGCGGCUUGCUUCUUUUCUUUAUACCCAGACAACUAUGCUACAGUUUUGUGAGAUCAUCAUCAAAAAGACAAAAUAUCCGUUCUGUUCAAUCUGUACAUGAGAUACCGCUUAUACAGGAGAUUUUCCAAUAAAGCUCCAAUUUAUAAUCUUCCAUCUCUUCUCAUACGAACAAGCAUUCUCUGCCUUGCUACGAGAUCUUCCGAAGUGGUGUGUCACCCUCAUAAUACAGGCUCAUGUAGAGCCUCAUUUUUUCAUUCGUGUGCAAGGAAAUUUUGGUAGUGCAGUACAACUCAGAUAGCUGUUGCUUCCAUUGUUUUAUUUUAUUUUGGAAUAUCUUUAGUUACAAUGUAAAUUCAUGUAAUGUGGACUGAUACCAGAUUAAUCAUUGAUAUUCUGGCAAAGAGAGGGUGUUAAGUUAAGUGACUGAUGUGAUUGAAAUAAUGAGUAAUUGAAAAGGUUGAUGUCCUGCUGAUUAAGUCUCA